AUGCAUGCCGGGAGUGAGGAGGUGAAGCGCAGUCGGCCUCACUUAAAGAUAUGGCCGAAAAUAAAGAAAUCGAGUGUUGUUGAUCAGAAUGUUUCUGAUCUUUUAUGCCGUCGUUUGAACCUCAAUGAUAUUGAUGACUCGACAGUUGAGGCAUUCGCCCAGCUACCACUGUCUAAACCAACUUUAAAAGGUCUCAAAGCUGCCUCGUUUAUUAAACCAACUGCAGUUCAGAGGAAGUCUCUUAAACACGCACUUCUAGGCAGGGAUGUCAUUGUUGAGGCUAAGACUGGUAGUGGCAAGACUCUGGCAUUUGUCAUCCCCGUUCUGGAGUACAUCUACACAGAGAAAAUAAGUGCUUUUGAUGGCCCUAUUGCCGUCAUUCUCACUCCUACACGGGAACUUGCCAAGCAAAUAUUUUCUGUCUUUCACCGCGUUGGGAAAUUCCACGCCUUUACGAUGCUUGAUAUCAUGGGAGGAAAGACUCGCACAGGCAAGCGUGAGGAGUGGCAGAGAGCCGCAAAGGCUAAUAUUCUCAUUGGUACACCGGGCAGGUUUUCACAACAUCAACAGGAGAACCCCACGCUGGACAUGUCCAACCUCCAUUUUCUUGUCUUAGACGAGGUGGACCGUCUUCUUGAUCCUACUUUCCGUCACGAGCUCUUCAUUAUAGCAGAAAACCUCACCUCUGAUCGGCAGUGUCUUCUUUUUUCUGCUACCCUAUCUAAAAUUCAUAGUCACCUUGCGCCUUUAGGUCUGAAAUCACCCAUAAUGAUUUCUACGGAGAGAACAAAUGUCGGUGCGACUCCUGCUCAUCUCAUCCAAUUCUAUUCUGUCGUCCCUUUGGGGAAGAAAUUGGAUUAUUUAUGGGCUUUCUUACAAAGUCACUGCAAAAAGAAAAUCAUAGUCUUCUUCUCAACUCAAAAGCAAGUUCGAUUUGUGCACGAUCUCUUCCUCCAAAUGCGUCCGUUUUUCGCCGUCAUGCAACUAAGGGGAAACAUGCUACAGAGCAAACGGUUUAAAAUCUACGAAAAAUUCUUUCAAACUCCUAGAGGCGCAGUCCUGCUUGCUACAAACGUUGCUGAACGCGGUCUGGACUUUCCGGAGGUACACUGGGUGGUGCAAUUCGAUUGCCCAAAACAGAUUGACGACUACAUCCACCGGGUAGGUCGUACGGCGCGAGCUGAGCGCGUGGGUCGUGCCAUCACCUUCCUCCUCCCGUCAGAGGUCAAAAUCGUCGAACUUCUCGCUAAGUGCAAUGUUUAUCUUCGUCAGCAGCAUAAGACAUUUAUGAGGGUGGAUGAGGGCGCUUGCCCUCUGGAUGACAUACGGCAGGUGAGUAGCAAUUUACUGAAGAAAGCACUGUUGGCACGCUAUUUACUCAACAGGUUUCCCGAGUCCAAGCUUCAACCGGCAGUGACGAAUCGGGCCCCCGCCCUCCUCGCCAGCCAUCCAGAGUUGGCGGCGUCGGCGCGUUCCGCCUUCACUGCUUAUCUUCGCGACUACUGUUUCAUUCCUAAGGCCACCGGGUCCGCAGCAAUCGCAGAGUCUUCCAACAUGUCUUCCGUCUUUCAGCCCUCUUGUCUGCCUAUCGAUGAGUUCGCCACCUCUCUCGGCCUUCCCCUAACACCGGAGUUGCCGAAUGUCAUGCUUCAGCACCAACCGUCUCGAGUUGUCAACACCAAAGCACAACAUAAAUUUGCACUUUGGGCGGAUAGAAGUAAAAUGGAGGCAAUCAAGGAUGAGGAGCAAACGCAGGGGGAAGAUAGCGAUGAUGGUGGCUGCCUACUGCAACGCAAAGCCUUAUCCAUCCUUAGGCCCGAGGUUAAGAUGAGGGCAGAGGCCAGUGGACAAAAAGUCUUAGAAGUGAUUUCCAGUGACGAGGAAGAUUCCUUCGAUGAAGAAGAGAAGAUCCAGGAGGAUGGAGACAAGAUAGCGGAACAUAUAUUCCUGAAGAAGGCCUCAGCCAAGAAGCCGGCGCUGACUCGUAUUCAGUUGGCAAAGAGAGAACUGAAGAAGAACAUUCGACAUCAUUCUAAAAUCGAGUUCGAUGAAGAGGGAAAUCCGCUUGUGAGGUCAGUAGGUGGGGUGCCGGUGAGUGAUUUGGGUCUUGACGCUGACGCUGGCGCUACCAACCACUUCCCUCCAGCUCGCCUCGAUAUUGCGUCUGAACGCGAACGUCUGCGCACGGUGGUGGAUGAAAAGGACAAGGUGCGGUGGCGAGCCAUAAUCCGCGAGAAACACCGUGUUGAACGCAAAAAAGCCAAGGCGGCCCGCAAGUUGGAGAAGUCUGGAGCUGCUCCGCGCCUCCUCGAGGAUGAGUCUGCUGAUGAGGUGGAGGAUGAUGCUGUUGAAAGUGUCAGAGAAGGUGCUAGCGGAUCCAAAGAAUGGAAGGGAUACGAGGAAGAUGUGGAGUCCGUUGGGGAGUCGGGAGUAAAAGAAGACCCAGCUAGAAAGCUGACAUGGACACCACUUUACGGGUAUGGCGGUGGACAGCUUGACCUGCCCGAGCUAGCUUGUCUGUUGGUUCAGUCUCAUUGUGAGGUCAGACUUCCACGAGCUGUGGGAUCUGACUUUUCCUUGGCACUGGAGACAAUUGCUCGAAUAGCCUGGUAG